AUCUGUGCCAGCUGACUCCGUGGGUAGCUCUCGGUGCUGGGGCAGGUGUUCCUAGAGACAGCAGCCAUGAGGACGGUCCUGGUGUUUGCCUGCCUGGUGGGGAUGGCGUGUGCCUUCUCGGUCAAGAGCUGGCUGUGGCGACCCAAGUUGGAUGACUCAGAAAAGAAUGCGGUUUUCAAGAGCCGGCGCCACCAUUACCUGUACAGAUAUGUGUAUCCCCCGCAGCGACGGUACCAGGGCAGUGACUCAUCCGAGGAAGAGGGGGAUGACUCGGAGGAGGAGGAAGAUAGGGAGCCAUUUUAUGCUGGCACCAAGGCAGCUGGACACCUUGCUGGAGCAGCCCCUGAGGAGUGCCAGGGUGCACUGGGAGGAGACGUCACAUACCAGCAGGGCAAGGGCUGUCAAGGAACCCUGAAAGGGAUCAGGCAGAGGACUGCCAGCAAGGGGGAAGACUCUGAAAAUGAAGACAGUGAUGAGAAUGAGGAGGAAGAGGAGGAAGAAGAGGAAGAAGUAGAUGAGAAUGAGAAUGGUGUCAAUGGCACAAGCACAAAUACCACAGAGGGUAUUGGACCUAAUGGCAAUGGCACUGUGGUGGCUGAGGAGGGCACUGGUGAAGCUGAGGAAGAGGAGGAAGAGGAGGAAGAAGAAGAGGAAGAGGAGGAGGAGGAGAAGGAGGAAACUGAAGCCACCACCAUUGCAAGCUCCACCAACAAAGAGGGUCUGACCCAGGCAACGACUAUGGAUGAUGGGGGACCCACAGAUGUCACCACAGAUGCCACCACAGCUGGGGAGCUGUGGGAGUACGAUGUAACAGCCAGGGACAACAACCGAUGGGAUGAGGGCACCACCGAGGGUGGGUACGAGGAACAGGAUGAGUACGCACGUGGGGACAGCUACCGGGCCUACGAGGAUGAGUACGGCUACUACAAAGGGCAUGGAUAUGAUGUGUAUGGCCAGGAUUACUACUACAGCCAGUAAACAGCAGGGAAAACCCUGGUGCUCUCCCUGCCUGCCCCAGCCACUCAGGAAGGUGCAUCCAAAGGCUCCCUGGAGCCACUGCAUGCCAGAGGGGAUGCCAGGCAGCUUGCCAUAUGCACUGGCUCCAUCCCAGGGUUUUUUUUUUGUUUGUUUGUUUGUUUUGGUUUUUUGGGUCUUUUUUGGU